UGAAAGCCUCCUGCCUUUUCUCUGCAUAUGGGUCAGAUUAGUGACUGGCUGAGAGGCAUUUAAAAAAGGGACGUGAUAAGUUUGCUUUCUUUCCUUUCUGCCCUCAUUCUUCAGGGGCUUUCUAAAUAUUGAACUUAGGUUUUGAGAUUCAUUUUUGGAAAAGUAGUUUUUGGCUUGAAAAAGAGGACUCCUCAGGGUCAAAGUAGGUCGCUCUCAUUUCCAGAAAGAGUCUCUCCCAAGCCAAAUUCCAACAGUUUGAGUCACUGAAGGAGGAUUGUUACUCUGGACAUGAUUUCGCUGUGAGUUUUCAAGGGAUGAUAAUCGGAGUGGAACAUAGGCAGAUACUCAGGAGGGACCUCGGAGACGCACAUUUUCCACUAUGAACCGCGCCUUCAACAGGAAAAAAGAUAAAUCGUGGAUGCACACCCCGGAGGCUCUGGCCAAGCAUUACAUACCCUACAAUGCCAAGUUCCUCGGAAACACAGAGGUUGAAGCCCCAAAAGGCACCGAAGUUGUGAAGGAUGCAGUCAGAAAACUCAAGUUUCAGAGACAUAUCAAGAAGUCAGAGGGACAGAAGACCCCCAAAGUAGAGCUGCAGAUCUCCAUUUAUGGUGUGAAGAUACUCGACCCCAAAACAAAAGAUGUGCUGCAUAACUGUCAGUUACACAGGAUAUCCUUUUGUGCAGAUGACAAAACCGACAAAAGAAUAUUCACUUUUAUCUGCAAAGACUCUGAAUCUAACAAACACCUGUGCUACGUGUUUGACAGUGAAAAGUGUGCAGAAGAGAUAACUCUCACUAUCGGCCAGGCCUUCGACUUGGCCUACAAGAAGUUCCUGGAGUCUGGAGGCAAAGACGUGGAGACCAGGAAACAGAUCGGAACGCUCCAGAAAAGAAUUCAAGAACUGGAGACAGAAAACUCUGAGCUGAAGAAACAACUUCAAGACAUUGAAGAACAGUUGAUGAUUUCUCAUGCGCCACCGCCGUUGCACAUAAACUCGUCUAAUGAGGCAUACAUGCUGCAGAGGCCGUCCUCUCUCUUCUGGUGCCACAGCAUCAAGUCGUUCUCCUGUCUGGAAAUCUCUUCAGUCACGCUCACUCCUAUGAGCUCGCCGGAGUCCAACUUAUCCACCGGGCUACUAACUCCUCCGCCUGCCAAACCUCCUCUCCUUCCUCCUAAGCCUACCGAGGGGUGCAGCAUCCCACGUCCUCGCGCAGGGAGUAUGUCCAUGAAACCACAGUCCACAGAUGUUUUCGACAUGGUUCCCUUCUCACCUGUGACCCCACUGGUACCCACACCAGCCAGCAACGGCUGCCCCCCGCCACCGCCGACCACAUUACCACCAGAUAUACGGAAAGACCUGUUUGGUGCUGAGCCAUUUGAUCCGUUCACCUGCGGGGCAGCUGACUUCCCUCCAGACAUCCAGUCAAAGCUGGAUGAGAUGCAGGAGGGGUUCAAAAUGGGACUAACCUUAGAGGGCACCGUCUUCUCUCUGGACCCGCUCGACAGUCGCUGCUGAUGCCAAGAGGACGCUCUCUGUCGUGUUCUUUUAACCCGUUUGUAUGAAGAAGUGCCAAAAUCCACACCACGGUUGAGUCAAGAUGUCACACUUUUCAUCUUGAGGUUUAUAUGCGUUUCCAUUUAGAUUGGUUUUCUGAUAUUUCAAGGUGAACUAAACAGAUCCAUUAUAGAAAAGAACUAUUUUUGUAAAAGAAUAAAAACAUAUGGAAGGAUUAGUUUUGAGUACAUUUGCUUGCACAGGCAAUGAGGGAUGUAAAUAGUCGAAUAUGUCCAAUGGUACACAGAAUUUUCAUAUGAGACAGUUUGUGUGUAUGCACCAUUUGAAAUCUGUAUUGUUAAUACAUUCCUGUUUGUAUGGCCAACACGGGCGGACGGAGAUAAUAAAAGGAAUCUGUAACAUUAACACAACUUGACCAUAACAUCACACAUUUUAUGUUACUCGACAUUAACUCACACAUUAUGUAGUCAAUAAUCCAGUCUCAUUUUUUAUAGCUGACUCACAGCCUUUGUUAUUGACAAGGAGUUGCUGUUUGUUUUAUUUUUGUAUCAAACAUCAUUUAUUUGCCAUUUCAGUAUUUAGAUGUUGUCUUUUUACUUUUACUUUAUUGUAAUCUCUUUUUUUUCUUGCACCAGAAGGCACUUUUACUGGACAGCCUCUGUCCAUCACAGUACUCUGCCCAUUCAUUUUCUUUUGGUUGCAUUGACUUUGUUGUUACAGUUAUUAAAGAAAACCCUACUAAAAAAAGA